AUGACGAGCACGGAGACCACUGUAGCCGAGCCUGCUCGAAACGAUGCAGCGGGUCAAGGACAAGCAGAAUUAAGUACGGCGGCUAAAAAGGCCGAGCUUAUUGCCGCUAUGACCUCAAUUCAGCUCAUGCAAGUCAUUAUCUACCGCCCUGAGGCUUUAAUGAUCCCAUUCGGCGCCGGCAUCGCGGCUACUCUUCCCAUCGCCGACGAUCUCAAGCUGCAUCGAGAUGUAGCUACCUGGAUUGCCGCUUCUCAUCCGUAUGUCAAAGGGGCUUCACGUACGAUAUCUUCUGACCGAAACACUCUUUAG